GAGAGUGGAAGUGUCUGUGCCGUCGAGAAGUCCUAAAACAAGUUUUAUUUAGCAAUCUUCUUGUUGUCACUCUUAUGAAAGGCUCCGAGUCGAUUGACUCCGAUGUUGCACAACUAGUACCCAAAAGCUACACGAAACAUAGAUUACUGGAUGUUAAAAAUGGCGAAGAUAGGAAGGAAAUACGACGUGUUUUGGGAAGGUGUACUCAUCAGUUUGUUUUGCUUGCAACAGAUCCAUCAUAGCUCAGCACAGGUUGCACCAGUCAACGUUGCCCUCAAUAAACCCAUACAGGCCAGGAUAACCUGCGGGCUCAACUCCCCACAGAGCUUCUACGCUCACAUUGAGAUCUCCAAGCCACCGGAUCAGCGUUUGGCUUCUACAUGUGACGCUAGCGAUCCGGAAUUGGCCCAUGGUCCAGAGAAUAUGGUGGAUCAAGACUCGGCAACUGGGGAAGUCUACACGUGGUGGCAAAGUGCAUCGAGGAACUUCCUCUUGAACGCUGCUAUGCUUAGCCCUGACACGGACAUCACUAUAGACUUACAAGAGGCUUACCUGGUAGAAACAAUCCGUAUUCAAAUGGGGGACUCGGUCCGUCCUCAACAAAUGGGAGUCUUCAAAUCCACUGAUGGUAUUGCCUUCACUCCGUGGGAAUACAAAGUUUCUCUCAAUAGUCAGUGUUCAGCUGAGUUUAGCGUACCAUCCAGCACCUCUGUGAGCCAGGCAAGCUCCGUACUAUGUACUCAGUACUCCAUCAACAACCAACCAAGAAAUGAAGUGAUCUUGUUUGAUUUUUCUCCACCAACGGAGCUGAUAGAAUGGCAGAGAGCCAAAUAUGUGCGAUUCAACUUCUACAAUAUGCCAAUAAGCUUUGGUAUCUUUUCCGAUGACUACCAUCACUACACUGUACGCAACAUUGAUAUUCUUGCCAAAUGCGAGUGCAAUGGACACGCAUCAGACUGCAUCCUUCAGCCGCUGACCGAUGAUCCGACCAGAAUGACCUACAGGUGUGAGUGUGGGGGCAACACCCAGGGGUCUGCUUGUGAUCAGUGCCUGCCACUCUACAACCAGUUUGCCUACCAGACGGGGGAAGGAGGUUUCACUUGUCAAGAGUGUAACUGCUUUGGGCAUAGUGAUGUUUGCACUUUUAAUGCCGUGGUAGCUAGUGACAAUUCAAGCUUGGAUGCCAAUGGUAAUUACAACGGUGGUGGAGUCUGCCAGGGCUGUCGCAACUUCACUGCAGGUAUCAACUGCCAUGAGUGCGAGAGAUUUUAUUUCCGUCCGCCUACCAAGCUUCAGACUGACGAAGAUGCUUGUAGCCCUUGUAACUGCUUCCUCCCUGGUACUAGGGAAGACGCAAACAUUGGCCUGGUCAAAGGAGAAUGCCUCAUCAAUAAUGAAACGCCAAAUCCAAAUUCUAUGGUUCCUGGUGAAUGCUACUGCAAAGUCAAUGUGCAAGGAAUCAAAUGUGACCAAUGCAAGGAUGGAUUCUAUGAUUUAGUUGACGCUAACUCCAACGGAUGUCUGAGCUGUAACUGCUUCACCCCUGGAACCGUGGCCACUUCCAACAUUUGCAACAAGAAUGCCACUGGCCAGUGCCCGUGCAAACCAUUCACCACUGGUCGGCGCUGUGAGGAGUGCAUGGAUGGGUACUAUGAUCUUACAUCAGGAAACUCUGAGGGUUGUUUAUCCUGUGGAUGCGAUGCUGGAGGGGCAAGAAGUGCAACCUGUAACAAGAUGACUGGGGACUGUACCUGCCGGGACCAGGUGGAAGGUAGACAGUGUAGUAGUGUUUCAUCCUUUGCAUACUACCAAAGUCUCCACUCAGUCAGUGCAGAGUUUGAAUCAAUCGGCCAUCCCAACUGGGGGAGGGACAGUGUGAAUUACGCUGGGUUCAGCUGGUUCGGUUAUGUUACUCUCACCGGACAGAUGACUACAACCACAACGUUGACUGUACCCCCCUCCCAACUGAGUGGUAGGUUCGAGAUCGUACUAAGGGCUGCAAAUGAAGGUGGAACUCAACUGGAACUAACUAUUUCACCCAAAGGGGCAACCAGUGGGACUGUGCAGAGGGGGACAGUCAGUCUGCCCUUGUGUGCAUCUUGGUGCUACGACGGCAGAGCACAGAAUCUAAAUGCUAGCUUGGGGUCGCAGUUCGUGCUUGGUGUCGGUGAAUGGGACCUGACUGUGAGCUUGGAUGUCCAGGGUGGUGCAAGUGUGCUGUUCGAUAAAGUUGUUGCGAUCCCUGUUGAGUUUUUAAACCCUGUGUUGCUGGGUGACAAUGCCGACACCUUUUUGAACACGUGCGAUGUUUAUCAGAAUGACAUGCGUAUCGGUACCGGUCAGGAAUCCCUCUGCCUCUCUAGUGUCUUCACCCUGACUACAUUCUACUUUGACGGGGCCAGACUAUGUAAUUGUAACCCGACCGGUAGCAUCACCCUGCAGUGUGACCAGUAUGGUGGACAGUGUCAGUGUAAAUCUGGUGUAGGGGGAAGAACCUGCGACAUGUGCCUGCCAGAGUAUUAUGCCUACCGCAGUACUGGAUGUACACCAUGCAACUGUUUUGGUACUAACAAGGUGUGUGACAUGACUACUGGCCUAUGCGACUGCCCUCCAAACACUGCAGGCCAGCAAUGUGAUAAAUGUGUGAUCUUUGCAUGGGGGUUGGACAGCACCAAUGGGUGCCAGAUGUGUAACUGCGACCCCAUCGGGUCAAUCAAUCCCCAGUGUGACCUGACAACAGGUAGCUGCACCUGCCAGCCCGGGGUAGGAGGUAUGAAGUGUAAUGAAUGCCUGGAUGAGUACAAAGUGUUGACGUCUGAUGGGUGUACAGCCUGCCAGUGUGACCUAGCUGGUAGCCAGAGUGCCGUGUGCAACAAAACAACCGGGCAGUGCCAAUGCAAGGAUUUAGCAGGGGGCUUAACAUGCAGUCACUGUGCAGCUGAUAGUUUCUACAACUCUCCUCUACAUCAGACCGGUUGCCUGCAGUGUGUAUGCAUGGGCAUCACCACAGUGUGCGAUAGCACCCUCGAUCGGGCUGUACAGUACGACAUCCCAACAGAUGUUGUUGGCAACUGGUCGGUGACGUCUGCUCAAUCACUCUUCCCAAACUCCCCAAUGACUGGCUUGAUCAACUCCACUGCUGUAGUAACCGUUUUGGUGCCGGCCAGCACGGAUGCGUCCUGGAGUAUCCCAUCCCAGUAUCUUAGCGGCAAUCUCCUUGGUCUGUAUGGGAGCAGUCUCAAGAUGUCGCUCUACUACACGCUGGUGAAUCCACUGGAAGCUACUACAACAAGAGAAGCUAGACUGGUCAUACGGGGUCUUGAGAACACAUUCAUACAUAGUCUUGGGACUCUCUCUCCACAAAAUGUCUUCCAUGACCUCUCAGUGACUAUCCGAGAGACAGCGUUCCUGAUGGAGGGUACUAAUGCAGCCAUUAGCCGUGGUGAAUUCUUGAAGACCCUCAGUGAAGUCAGAGAAGUUUCCAUAUCGGCCUCACUCACAGAUGUUGCUCAUCAUUCAAGUAUUGGUCAAGUGUCAUUCUCUUCAGCAACAAUGUUUGAUUCAGCACAGUACGAUCCCCAGGCUAUGAGAGCACUCUCUGUUGAGCAGUGUAGCUGUGGCAAUGGUUAUACAGGCUAUUCAUGUGAGGAAUGUGCCAUGGGAUACAGCAGAGUCAAUGUGACUGGACAUGCCUUCUUUGGCGAAUGUACAGCGUGUGACUGUAAUGGGCACAGUCAGUCAUGUGAUGCAACCACUGGUCAAUGUCUUCAAUGCAUGCACAACACCACAGGUUUCAAUUGUGAGAUUUGUGCCGAUGGUUACCAUGGUGAAGCUACCCUAGGAACAGCCAAUGACUGUGCAGUAUGUCCGUGUAGUCCACCCAGAGCGGAGAACACGUCGUGUUCUGUGAUUGAAGGCACUGUGACUUGUUCUGCAUGUUCUCCGGGUCACCUAGGCCCACUAUGUAACAGGUGUGACACAUUUCACUAUGGGCAACCUGAACUCUCUGAUGGCUUCUGUACACCCUGCUCCUGUAAUGGAAACACUGACCAGUGUGACAGCAUUACUGGUCAGUGCUUGGGUUGUGGCUCAAGGACAAUUGGUUUCAACUGUGAACGUUGCCAGGACUUCACGUAUGGGGAUGCAUCGUUGCGCAACUGCCAAGAUUGCAACUGUGAUUCAGUAGGCUCCACUGGUUUUCUUUGCAACCAUACGAACGGCCAGUGUCCAUGCCAACCAGGCAUUGGUGACCGCCGUUGCAGCACCUGCCUACCAAACUACUACAGUUUCACUAAUCAGGGCUGUCAGGCUUGCGAGUGUAACGAGUAUGGUUCCCUGACUCAACAGUGCGAUAACAGCGGAGUGUGUAGUUGUCGUUCUGGCGUUCAGGGUAUCAAGUGUAACCAGUGUGUGGUUGGGAAGUACGGAUUGCCACAUCAAGCAUGUGCAGAUUGUGACUGUGAUGUAACAGGUUCAGUGGGAGGAGCCACUGCUGUUUGUGAAGUCAUCGAUGGCCAAUGUCCUUGUAAGUUAGGAGUUGGCUCGCGACGUUGUGGCGAGUGCUUACCGACAUAUGUCAACUUCACCGAUACUGGUUGCAGUAGAUGCGACCAGUGUGUAGAAACUCUGCAGAAUUCGACAGUCAACCUGUUCAUCCUCUGGAAUUUACUCUGGGGUCAAGCAAGCCUCUUGAACGACCUCCAGCAGCGAGAUGUUGAGCUUGAAGCACUACGCCCUCAGGUCAACGCCACGGUGACGGAGCUAACAGACACUCUGACCAGCUUUGAUGCCUUGAGGGUGCAGAUUGAAGGAAUAGAUGAACAGCAAUAUGUUGCCGAUGUCAACAACCUUGUCUCGAUGGUCGGACAAGCCAUGGAGAAUUCUCAAACCCUCCUGAACCAGGUUAGUGUUCAGCUCGAGCGGAUCCAAGUCCUUCAAGCUGAGGCCGAUGCAGUUCUCCUGGGAGUCCAUCAGACCAACCAGACUGUCCUUGACUACAUCAAUACCUUGAUUCAGUGGGGCGCUUCGUCACAGGCCUUUAUGGAUGCUGCUGCUGUGAAGGAAGCAGAGCUUGUAACUGUGUCAUUUGACAGCCAAGACAGGUUGAUACAGGCUGAGUUGACUAGAAGUCUUAAUCUGUCUAGAGAUGUGAAUGCUUUGACUGCAAUGAUCACCUCACAGGCAAUGGAGAGUAACACAGUCAACGUCUUAGUGAGUACAGCACAGGCUCAGCUCUUAACGACAGGCCAACUUGCAGCAGAUACUCAAAGCUUGCUGGAUAGCGUUGAAGUCACUCUUGAUCAAGUCAACACUGUCAUCAUGCAGACUGAGGUUCAGUUGAACUACUCCAGCCAGCUCCUAUCACAGUCUAGAGACACCCUACAAAGGGUCGGCAUCAUGCUCGCUAUGAGCAACGCGGACAUCGCUGACGGUGAUCAAGCUUUCCUUGAUGCAAACACCAUCAGGCAGGGGAGCCCGAGUGGGACAUCCGGGAUUCCAGUUGACACAAGCAUCAACCAGAAAGGGUUUAACGGAUGGAUUGCUGCUGAGUCGGCCGCUAGAGCCCAGAUUCAGGUGGUGCAACAAUAUCAGCCAAGCACCGAUGGUAGUCUAAUACUUGCAGAGAACCACCUGGAGACAUUGACUACACAGGCUCAGGAAUCUACUACACUGUUUGCCGGAGCACAGGCCAACGGCCAGCAAGCUGUAGAGGUCAUCAAACUCUUCCAAGACGUGGUGUCCUCCAUUACUGAAGCAGAGAGUACAUCCCAGGCAGCUAGCAGCAGUAUCCAGACCACGUUGCAGUAUGUGAAUACUAGGACUCUAGAAGCGCUUCAAUCUGAUGCCCAGCAGUCUAAGGAUGACAGCGUGGUGUUGGAGAUAGAGGUCACUAGUAGAAACACUGACGUGGCUGCUUUGGAAGAGUCCCUGCAAACGGCCAACGAGACGCUCGUAUCUGCCGAGGAGUUGUGGAACACCAUUACCGCUAAUCAUGUAAUACUACAACAGGAAGCUUCAGCAUUGUCACAAAUAGCCAAUGACCCUCAGAUUCAACCAGCCAUCAACCAAGGCUUGGUUUCAGCAAACUCUGCUCUAGAAACCAGCAUAUCUACCCUCAACAGCACCCAAGCCCUCCAGAACACCCUGGCCACUAAAGAGGCUGAAAUCUUAGCCAUUCAGGACACCAACAACAUGACAACCAUUCAGCUCGCUGGCAUUCCGGCUGUUGUUGACCCAGUUGAAUCAGACAUCACCAUCUUGACUGAGAAAACAGACCUCCUAGUCUCCCUGCGUAACGAGACCACAUCAAUUCGCAGUGUGAUAAACGAGCGAAUGGCCCGCCUCCGCGAGAAACUCCGCAGCGUUCAGAAUAAGAUCGCCGACUCCAAGCAGCCGGCACGAUUCCUUGGUCAGACGUCACUGGAAGUCCAGAUGGAUCUAGCGGGAAGCUCAACAUUGUCCAAUGAGGUCCAAGUUAAAUUUAAGGCUGACAGUCCCGAUGGGCUGGUGUUUCUGGUAGAGACACCCCAAGCACAGCACUUGAGUGUGGAGUUAGUGGAGGGUAAAGCUCAGUUCAGCUUUGACGUCAGUCAAGACACCGUCACGAUAAGCAGUCCCAUUGAAGUUUGCUGCGGAGAAUGGUACCACCUCAUCGGGACAAGAUAUGCCAACGAGGGCCACCUGUCAGUUGUUAAGCUGAGUACCGGUGGAGCAUCAACUAAUUAUGGAUCUAGCCUUUUGACGUAUGACAAGUACUUCUCAUUCCCUGUCAAUCAGACAUCAUUCUACAUUGGCGGUAUUCCAACCUAUUAUCAGACUUCAAAUGUGCGCAGCCGUUACUUCACAGGGUGUAUCUCGGACAUGAUGAUUGAUAAGAAAGAGUUGAACCUGUGGCGUCCAUCGUCACAACAGGGCUCCACAUCCUGCUGCGAAGGUGCAGUUCUACCAGUUAUUCCUCAGCCUGACGUCACACCAGGAGCUAGUUUCAGCGGCUUUGGUUACUAUCAGAUUCCCAAUGAUGGGUUUGACGUGUACCAGGGUGCCAGUGUGUCCAUGGAGUUCCAAACCUCCCUGCCAGAGUCCGUCCUGUUCUUGGUCACCAGACCGGACCUCAUCUCAUACAUCGGGAUCUUCAUGGAGGCUGGUAACGUCAUCUUUGAAAUGAACACUGCUGGCAAUGCCAGGUACAUCUUGAGGAGUCGCAAGACCUACAACGAUGCGAGAUGGUAUCAGGUGAAUGUAGCAUACAACACCUCUCACUACAGCAUGGAUAUCCGUUAUGCCAACCAGACUGAUGUGAUUCUAGAGAGCUACCAGAUGCGUACCCUUGCCCUUCUGAGUUUCACUAAUCUACGCUAUGCCUUUAAGUUAAUCCUGGGCUCCCCAGAUCCUUCUGUUUCCAUUCUACGAGGACCAACCAAUCUUCGUUUUGCUGGUUGCAUGAGGAACAUCAUGUUGUCAAAUGGCGCUUCAAGCGAGAUGGUCAGCCGUCCUCUUAAUGACACAACAGCCGUUUCCUACGAUGGAGUCACAUUUGAUGGAUGCAAAGGCGGCGUGGCAGCAGGUGUGGGAUUCUCCGGGCCCUUUGCCUUCGCUAAGCUCCUUCUACCUAAUGAGUUAUCACUUACUCAAACAAUCAGUUUCAACUUCAAGACCACUCAGCCGCAUGGAAUCUUGGCAUACAGCUAUGGAACUCGUAGCUUUAACAAGUUGUUUUAUAUCGCUCUUUACCAUGGCAAUGUGUUUGUACAAUACAACAUUGGAGAAGGACUGUCAGAACCACUUCAGACUGUGGGACUACGUCUCAACACAGGUCAAUGGCAGACUGUGGUGGUACAGUUUAUUGGACUCUCAGCGUCCCUGAAGGUGAAUGACCUCCAAAGAAUCUACAGCAUGCGUCACCUGCCGACCAAUGGCAUAGACAUUCAAGGUCCAAAUAGUUUCCUGUAUGUGGGCGGAGUACCGCACACCACUCCCGUCCUGAUUGGAGGGGAAUUCCCUGUGCGAGAAUCGCUCUCUGGUGACUUAAGGGACUUUUCGAUCAACUCCAGAGUGGUGAAUUUCAAUGAUGGAGCCAUACUCCGUGAUCAGAAUGGGUUAGACCUGUCGGGAGUAACCCCGCCUGUGUCGGAGCUACCCCCACUACCCUAUCCCAGCCAGCCCUCACCCAGUGGUUCACCACCCCCUGCUUCAUGUAGUGCUCCAACCACAGUCAUUCGUUAUCCAGGAGUUGUACGCUUCGGUGCUACUGAGUUCAGCUAUCAGGCUUAUCGUCUUGAUUCCCAACAGGCUGCUUUGUUUUCAAACAGCUUCGUGAUUGUUAUGUCUUUCCGUGCAAUCUCGGCCAAUGGAGUCUUGCUGUAUGCAGCCAACAGCAACACGCGACCUGGUCAAUUCAUCGGGCUCGUCAUGAUGGAAGGCAAACUGUCCUUUAAUAUCCUGACGGACUCCCGGGCAAUGACAGGAUUGAACAUUCAAACGGAGAAUCGAUACGACAACGGGGAGUGGCAGGAGGUAACAAUCCUUCGCAUCAAUGAUUUUGUAGCCAUUCUGGUCGAGGCAACACGAGACUACACUAAUAACCAAGUGACUGUGAAUUCAGUGACUUCCAGCCUCUCCAUCAGUACAGAUUUCUACGUAGGAGGAAUGGGGCCUUUAGUGGCUGCCGGGUCCCAAUUAGUUGUGUCUAAACCAUUUGAUGGAUGCAUCAGGAUGGUGAAAGCACAGUUUGACAAUGCACCUGAUAUGAACUUUGACCUUAGCAAUCCAAGCCAUAGCCAAGAUGUCCAGGAAUGUAGCAUGAAUGAGGUGGAUAUUGGAGGCUCCUUUGAUGGUACAGGAUGGCUUUUACUACGGAAUUUCAUGCAAGUGAGUGGCAUUCUUGAUAUCAGCAUGACUGUGCGCACAUCUGAGCAGAACGCUCUUCUCUUUGCUGUAUCAGCUAACAUCGAGAACUUCCUUGCAAUCGAUAUCUUCAAUGGAGUGGUGAGGGCAGUAGUUAGCCAUGGUUCAUUGUCAUCUUACAUCGUCCGUUCUAGCUCCCUGGUCAGCGAGUUUGACAUCUGUGAUAACCAGCCUCACGUCAUCCAGUUAGUUUUCACCUCAGCGUCGUUACAGCUCACUGUGGACAGCAACCCCAGCGACCUGACACUUUUCGAUGCUGGUACGCCUAACAUUAACGUUAUCGGCAGAGGGCUGUACAUUGGUGGAAUACCUGACACAACUACAGUUCCCCUGAUUAGCGGAGUAGCGACCCAGUCCUUCCAGGGGUGCAUCCAAGACCUUGUCAUCAAUGGCGUAAUGGAGAACUUAAGAGACAACGUUAGGAGCAGUGGUUUUAUCACCGGCUGCCCACGUCCUGUCUAGAGUUCAGUGACAAGACUUUAGAUCAAGUCCAUCCAUAGUAUGACCGAGAGACUAACUGACUAUAACAUGAACUUAUGUGUUUGUGGUUUGUUCUUUGUCUUUAAUCCUAAUUCCCUAGAGUGAUUUGCGAGGAUUCUUCCUCACUCCAACAACCUUUCUCAAAAUCCAAC